AUGAAUUCCCUUUAUGAAUUAGACCCUAAAUGGAGAAAACUCCUAAAUGCAAAUAAUUUCCUGGGUGGACUAACAGUUAACGAAUUUGUCGAGGAAUUAUCAAAGGAUCAUAGUUUAAGAAGUCCAUUAAAUGGGAAAUCAUCAUCUGCAAGAAAUUCCAAACAUUUUGUAUCUGAUUCAGUUGAUGGUAAUGAUAAUGCAAAAUGGGUUAAACUUGAUCCUAAACCUUACAUCAGGACUUUUGAAUCUACUUUAAAAGAAUUGAAAAAUUUAAAUGAAGAUUCAGAGAAAAGGAAAAAUCAAUUAGCUGAUCAAGUCGCAUCACAAGAAUUACUACAUUCUCACAACAUUCUAGGUUUAUCAUCUACUUUGAAAAAUAUGGUUUCUCAAUAUGAUUAUCUAGAUAAUCAAUUGACUACUGUCACUCAAGUUGUAUCACCAUUGGGUGAUAAAUUAGAAAACGCAAUAAGGAAGAAAAAGACUUACAUUAAUUCUGUGGAAUUAAUAAUUCAAUAUAAUGAAUUUUAUUCCAAUGGUGAAUCUGAAUAUAUUGAAACAUUAAGAAACGAUCCGAAUUGGUUACAAAAAUUAAAAGCAUGCAAUAUAGUUAAAAACCUACUAGUAUUGUCCUUAAAAAUUGAAACUUCAUCAAUCCCUAAAACUCUCGAGGUAACCAAAUUAAUCGAAAAAUAUUCCGAGUUAAUGGAGAAUGAUCUCUUAGCCCAUUUCAACAGCGCAUAUCGUGAAAAUAAUUUCAAUCAAUUAAAUGAAAUUGCCUUAAUUUUAAAUCAUUUUAAUGGUGGAGUUAACGUUAUUCAAAGUUUCAUUAACCAACAUUCAUAUUUCAUUGAUACUGCACAAAUUGAUUUUGAUGAAACCACUGAAACAUUUUUAGAUGAGAAAUUGAAAAAUAGACUACUAGAUCAAGACUCCCAUGGUGUGAUAUAUGAUGAAGCAAUAAUCAAAAUACUAGAUGAAAUAGAAACAGUUAUUAAAAAUGAAUCUAAAAUCGUUAAAAGAGUCUUUGAAGACAGGGCUCCACAUGUAAUUCAAUUGUUCAUUCAAAGAAUUUUUGCCCAGAAAAUAGAACCAAGAUUUGAACUAUCAUUAAAUGCAUCAUUAUCAUUUUCCAAUUUAGCAUAUGUCAGAACAUUACACGGGUUGUAUUCAAUAUUAGGACAAUUUGUUAAAGAUUUAUCUGAAUUCUUCCAAUUAUUAGAAAUCGAUAAAGAUAAUGUUUUGACCAACACAGUUGAGCAAUGUUAUUCCGAUUUUUUUUCAAGGUAUCUUUAUGAUAGAUCCAAAUAUUUUGAAAUUGAAAAACAAAGUUUGGAAUCCAUCCUACUUGAGAAAACAGCCAAAUUCAACUCUAACCAUGAAAAGGAAAUUCGUUCAAGAUCACUUUUAAAUAAGUUCAAUAAAAAUAUUGAAAAUAAUACUUAUGAAUUCAAUGAUUUAACCGGUACUACGAAUAAUUCGAGAAGUAGAUUGUCUCAAUUGAACAGUUUCUUAAAGAACCAUUUAGAUAGAGAUCAUUUAAGCCUAAGCCGUGCUAAUACAUUGAAUUUCAACAAUUACGACGAUAAUGAUAUCAAUAAUAGUAAUAUUAAUAUGACACCUAGUAACAUUACUAGUAAAGAUAAUAUUUUCCAAGACGCCUAUGAUGAAGAAUUUAGUCUAACAAACGUGGAUAGUAUGUUGAAAUGCAUUGUGGAAUCAGUUGCCCGAGUUAUGGAAUUGAUCCCUAAUAAAGACGUGUUUACUUUUGAACUAGUCGACAUCAUGUUCAUGGGUAUAAUCGGUACAUAUGUAGAAAUAUCAUUGGAAUUAGCAUAUUCCCAUAUUUGCCAAAUUGAUAUUAGCAAAGAAUCAGAUAUUAAUUUGAAAUUCCUAAAAUAUAUUUCAACAAGUACAAGUAUAUUAAGUCUCAUAUCUACGUCGAUCAAAGCCAUCUUUUUACCACUUCUUAAUAAUUCACCAGAAACAAAAAAACAAAUUAUUGAAUUGACCAAUAAACAAAUUAAAAGAUCAGAAUUAUUAAUAAAUACCAUUCUAGAAGAAAUCAUACAGGUUUAUGACUCGAAAUUCUCACAUUCAUUAUCUAAGCAAAAGAAGAAGGAUUUUGUGCCCAAAUCUCAAGAUUUAUUAGACCAAGAUACACUCCCUGCCAUCGAAAUUGUAUCCUUACUGAAUUCACUUUAUUCUCAGUCUUCACAAUAUUUAAAGAAGAAAAAUCUGGAAGGGUUUUUAAAUGCCAUUGGAGAGGAUCUUUACAAUUUACUGCUGGCACACUAUGCGAAGUUCCAGGUUAGCUCUAUUGGCGGUAUUAUCGUUACAAAGGAUAUCAUUGGUUAUCAAAAUACAAUUGAAGAAUGGAGGAUACCAAAUCUUCUCGAAAAAUUUGCAACUUUAAGAGAGUUAGCCAACUUGUUCACUGUUCAGCCUGUCCUUCUUGAUUCAUUGACUAGAGAAGGUCAUCUAGCAGAUAUCAGUAAAGAAGUGAUAUCGAAUUAUAUUGCCAAUAGAGAAGACUUUAAUCAUGAAAACUUCAUCACAAGUAUGAAAUUGAAAUUUUAA